AUGCGCAUGCCGGCCGCGUUCAUCGCGGGCAGCCUGGUGCCCCUCGGCUUCGUCGCGAGCCCGAAGGUGUCGCCGGAGGACGGAGCCGUCGUGCGACGGGUCAAGCUCACGCACUACCUGCUCGCCACGCUCGCCAUCUGCAGCGAGCUGCAGUCGAUUAUGUGGGCGACCAUCGCCGCGAACAAGCUCACGGAGGCGAGUCACGCUCCCGCGGCGGGCGUCAUGCAGCUGCUCGAGCGGGACUACCAGCUCGAGUGGAUUGGCUGCAACGUGACCUUCAUGAUCGGGCUCAUCGGCCUAGCCGCCUGCCUGUCGACCUUCGCAUUCGUGGGCUUCGGUGGCGCCCGGCGCGUCGCGCUGUGCUUCAUGGCGGCGUCGAUGAGCAUGAUGGUGAGCAUCAUCAACACUGGCAUCUCGAAGGGGGAUGGCCAGGGCUUCGGAUUUGGCGGGAACUUCUUUGAUCUGGUCGUACUGUACCACAGGCUGCUGAUGGCGCGGGCGCUGGGCGGGCACGGCUUCUUCUGCAUCGCGUCGCUGCUCUUGUACGCUGCAACAGCCGCCCUUGGAGUGCGGGAGCUGCUUCGCACGGGAAAGGAGCAUGCGUAA